AUGGCGAAGUCCUUUGUGAUCGCGGCCGAAGGGAAUGCCUUGUCAUGGUACUCGAUGCUCAGGCCUGGAUCGAUCUAUUCAUGGGAGAACCUUCGUGAAAAAAUUUUGGCAAACUUCCAAGGAUUCACUGCUGAGUCACUAACCUUCACGGACCUAUUCCAAUGUCGCCAAAGUCAAGGAGAAGCAUUGCGGGAAUACUUCCAAAGGUUCGUGCAAACCAAGGCAAGAGCACCCGGCGUGCCGGAGGAGGUUGCCAUUGAGGCAGCCAUUAAAGGCCUUCGCAUAGGGCCAUUCGCAGCUCACUUGGCCAGAGAGAAGCCGGCGUCCAUGCACGAGCUGUACCAUGAGUUCGAGAAGUAUUGCAGGUCGGACAACGACUAUCGCAAGAGGUUGGAGGACCAGAACCUCCAGAAGAAGCAGGGCAAUGACAGAAACUCGCAGAAGAGGAACCUUAGCCAGGAUGAACGCCGGCCGUAG